AUGAUAAUCAAUCAAUUAUCAGAUGUAAUUCAACUUCAACAUAUGGAAAUUAGUCCUUAUUCACCUUAUGCUCUAAUUACAAGAAGAAAUAUUGCAACAAAAGAAGAUAAAGUAAAAUAUCUUAAGGAAAAUUAUAAAAAAUGGUUACAAGAAUUUUUAAAUUAUCAUAUUAUUAUUGAAUCUGCUUUAAAAACUCAAUAUAAUAGUACUCAUAUAGUUGAUGAUUACAAUAAUAUUUAUCUAAUUGGAUUUAUUAAUGAUUUUAAGGUUAUUUCUAUAGAAUUUUCAUUUUCAAUGAUUGAUUAUAAUCAUAUUAAAGCAAUCAAUGCUUUAAGGGAAACGCUUCAAGAAAUUAGAAUAAGGUUUAAUUAUAAUAUUAAUAAUUCUCUUGCUGUACGAUUUGCUGCUGUCUUUUCUCAAUAUUUAUCUAUGGCUUAUAAUGUGAAUGGUGAACCUAGAUGUUUUGUUGAAAUGUCAAUCCUAGUAUAUGAUACUAGAAUCGAUUAUUAUAAAUAUGUUUAUAAGCCAUUGUUUGGUACUGCAUUAAAAUACAAGGCCAGAUUUCAUUGGGGUCAUCAUUUGGACUCCGAUUUAGAUUAUAAAUAUCUUUAUCAUUCUUUUGAUAAAAAUGCUAUAGAUCUGUUUCUUAAUCAAAUUACUAAAUUUGACUCUCAAGGUUUAAUGACUAAUAAUUUAUUAGCCAAAUUUGGUCUGGUCCCUUUUACAAAAAGUAAUUGGUUUG